UCUCAAUUUGUACAAAAAAAACCUACUUGUAAAAAAACACUGUGGAGUCAUCAAUAAAUUUAUUUUUAAUUAAUACUUCAUUUUAAUUUCAAUUCUAGAAAAGAAAAAACUUUCGUACAUAUAGUAAUUAGGCUUAUUAACAUACACCUUUCGAAAUAGUCAUGUGUAAAUAGAAAUAUGUAUCUAAAAAAUAAUUAAAUUUUGAAGUAUUCAAAUUUGUCUCUUUUUGACAAUGAAAAAUUAUCGGAAAAUGUACUCGAGUUUUUAGAUUUAAAAUAAAAUUUAAUUAAUAAAAGAAUGUUAAAAAUUUAGCAACCCUCUUUACAUUUAUAUUAGGAACAUCAUUUUCCACAGUGUAUAAAUAAUACAUUUAAUUUUGGAGCAUAAUACAAUUAAGUAAUUGAGAAAAUAAAUGAAACAUUCUUAAUUUCGAAAAGUUCAGUUUAAUUUAAACCUUCAUUUUGUUAACUAAAUAUUAUUUCAGUAUUAAGUUUAGUGUAAGAGAAAGCGGAAAGGAUUUAAAACGCAAUAUGGCAAAUCAAAUCCGCAAAAAACAAAGAAAAAGUGAAAUUGUUCAAGUAUAUUGUAUGGAUAAUAUAAAGAAAUAUUUACAGGAAACUACAUUACACGGCCUUAAAUAUUUAGCAGAUAGUUCGCUUACAAUAUGGGAAAAAUUAUUUUUCUUUGCCUCGUUUGUAGCUGCCGUUAUAAUUGUUGCAAAUUUAAUAUCAAAUGUGUACGCAAAAUGGGAUAGUACUCCUGUUAUUAUUGGUAUAAGUCCCCAUCCGACAUCUAUACUUAAAGUGCCAUUUCCCGCCAUGACUUUGUGCAACAUGAAUCAAGUGCUUAAUUCAAAAGUUGCAAAUUAUUCAGAAGAUUCGCUAGAAUAUGAUAUUUUGCAAUUUUUAUGUUUUACUGAAUCGGAAUACGAUGAACGGUUGGCCGAUAAAAACAAUAUUAAAAAUAACAACUUAAGAAUAGCCGAUUUUGUUAUAAAGCAUGCCCAACCUUGUGCUCGUAUGUUAAUUUAUUGCCAAAUAAGUUCUAUAGUCUAUAACUGCAGCGAAUUAUUUCGCGAAGUGAUGACAGAUGAAGGUCUCUGUUGUGUUUUCAACACUUUGCAUCCAGAAUUUUUGUACAAAGGAAAAUAUGAUAUUAUAAAGGAUUUAAAGGAUGACAAAGUAACAAAAGCAGUUAAUUGGAAUCCUGAAAGUGGUUAUCAAAACAAUUUACCAGAGAAAUUUUAUCCUAGACCAGCCUCUGGUACAGGAGUUUCAAUGGGAUUAUCGGUCAUUUUGAAUGCUGAAUUAGAUGAAUAUUAUUGCUCUUCAACAAAUGGUCCCGGAAUAAAAAUUUCACUUCACAACCCCAUUGAAACGCCUUCGGUCAAAGAAACUGGACUGACUGUACCUCUAGGUUAUGAAACUCGUUUUCGUAUUGAUGCUUUAGGAUCAGAAGCUGUCCCAUCUAUUCGAUCCAUACAUCGUAAUCGUCGUCAAUGUGUUUUUAUGAAUGAGGAACGGCUACUCUAUUACAAGUACUACACGCGACGCAAUUGCGAAAGCGAAUGUCAGGCUAUAUACUUGUAUCAGCAGUGCACCUGCAUACCAUACAAUUAUCCCCUGGUCUACAACAAUGCCACCGUAUGUACCGUAAAUGAGAGUUUCUGUAUUAACAAAGCGAGCAAAGAGUGGACACUAGUGUCUCCAGAUAGUUUGUGUUUAAAGCGCUGUCUACCAGGCUGCUUUGAUCUGAAUUUUCUUCCAGACUCCUUUUCAGGGCCACUGGCCGAACGUAAUUACACUAUUCAAAAUAGCAUACUGCGCAAUAUGCCCAAAGACGAAAUGCGAAAAAAUAUUGCCAUUGUUCAUUUUUACUAUCGUGAAUCAGUAUUUUAUGGCGAUUUAAAAAAUGUCUACAUUGGUUUGACGGAAUUCCUAUCUAAUAUUGGAGGUAUUAUGGGCCUGUUUAUGGGUUUUAGUUUCAUAUCGGUGGCAGAAAUCGUUUAUUUUUCUAUAUUAAGGCCAGUUUUCAAAUUUGUACUACCGCGAAAAUUUAAAAAUGCCUCUUUAAAAAAUAGAUUGCAGACAAAUGUUGAAGUAAAGAGCAAUCCAAAUUGGUUAUCCCACGAAAUUUGCAAAGAUUAA